AUGAGUUCCAGCGCCUCGCGCCGUCGACGGCGUGGGGUUGAGGAUGAAGAUGACAGCGGCGCAGACGACCAGAGAUCACCAUUUGGAGACGACAGUCCGAAACGACGACGAGUAGACACCGAAUCGGAGGCAGAUGAACAACGACGCGGCCGAAAUACUGCAGCAGACGAUUCCAGCUUCCAGCCAGGAGCCAUUGUCCGGGUCAGCGUGCAGAACUUCGUGACGUACGAAAAGGCCGAGUUUCUGCCUGGGCCAAAUCUCAACAUGGUUAUCGGUCCAAACGGUACGGGCAAAAGUUCCUUGGUUUGCGCCAUCUGUUUAGGGCUUGGAUACAGCCCCAAACAUCUUGGCCGCGCAGGAACUGUCAAAGAAUUUGUCAAGAACGGAAAGGAUACGGCAACGAUCGAGAUCGAGCUGCACAAACGGCCUCAAGAUCGGUCCAACUUUGUCAUUCGAGUUCAGAUUCGACGAGAGCAGAAUAUCCAAAAAUGGUGGUUAAAUGGCAAAGAGGCGACCCAUAAGAAGAUACAGUCAUUGAUGCAUAUGCUCAAGAUCCAGGUAGACAACCUGUGUCAGUUUCUUCCCCAGGACCGAGUUGUCGAAUUUGCAGCCUGCACUCCGGUGGAGUUGCUGCAUGAAACUCUGCGCGCUGCUGCCCCCGAAGAAAUGCAGAAAUGGCAUCGACAGCUCCAAGAACAUCACAAGGACAGGAAGGACAUCGCUGAAGCCGUGCACGCUGAUACCGAAACACUGAAGAAUCUACAAAGUCGCCAGCAAGGCCUGCAAGCCGACGUGGAUAGAAUCCGCGAGCGAGAAGAAAUCCAGGAGCGAGUGAGCAAUUUAAAAGGUGCACUGGUUAUUGCCCAAUACCAGGAGGCGCGCAACAACCACUUGGCCGCAAAGGAGCGCAGAAAAGAGGCAGAGAACAAACUGAAGCAUCUUGAGCGGGAAAGCGGGCCAUCUUUGGAGGCAGUCAACCGGAAACAGGUCUACGCCCAGGAAAUCGAGGCCGCCAUCCCAUCGAGAGCAAAGGCGGUCAAGGAUACUCAGGUGGCAGCCCAAAGUCUAGCCCAAGAAAUAAGCACUGCGGUGGACGAUGUCAAAGAGUGGUCCAAUAAGAUAGGUGCUGAGCGCACAGGAUUUGAUGAGAAGAGGAAAGAGGUAGCAGCAUCAAAAUCAAGAAUCACAACUCUACUAGCAGAUUUGAAAAACCGGCCGUCAGAUUUCAGUGCGGGCGAGUGGAAUCAAAAGAUUCGAGCCGAGGAGCAUAAUCUACGAGAAGUCGAAGCAGACCAGCGCCGAUUAAAUUCUGAUCUGGAAAGGGUCAAAGAAGAUGGGAGAAAGAAGAUGGAUGAGCUGCGGACACUCAAGGCAGACAUAGAGUCUCUGGACACUCAAGAGGGUCAGCAGCUAAACUUUAUGCGAAGAAAUUUCCCUGAACUGUCUACGGCCUGGGGUUGGGUUCAAGAGAACCAAGGCAAAUUCGAAAAAGAGGUCUUUGGACCACCUAUGCUAUGCUGCUCGGUUAAGGACGAACGCUACUCGGAUCAAGUUCAAGCUCUGCUGCAGACUGACGACUUCCUCUGCUUUACGGCACAAACUAAACAUGACUACAGGCUACUGACCGACCAGCUCUACCGUGAGAUGAGUUUAUCUGUCGUCAUCAGAACUUGCUCGCAACCUCUCGCUGCCUUUAGAUCACCUGUUGCUCUCAAUGAAGCUCAGUCACUGGGCCUCGAUGGCUUUGCCCUGAACUACUUGGACGGCCCUGAGCCAGUGCUUGCCAUGCUGUGUGCUGAGAAGAGGUUACAUCAAUCAGGUGUCUCGGUGAAAGACCACAGUGACGAUGAGUAUGAGAAGCUUGUCAAUCACGGUCGAAUAAGCCAGUGGGCAGCCGGAAAGCAACAGUACUUGGUUCGUCGACGAAAAGAGUACGGCCCCAGUGCCAUGACAACAGUUACCAAGAGGAUACAGCCUGGAAGAUUCUGGACUUCUCAGCCCGUAGACUCACAAGAGAAGAUUGAGUUGAACAGGCGGCAAACUGAAGUUGCCGGCGAAGCAGAAAUCAUGAAAGUUGAAUACAGAGAGUUGAGACUAAAGAAUGGAACCUUUGAAGAGCAAAAGGCUGAAAUACAAGGGAAAAUUGAACAAAUAAGGACGGAGAAGAAUGCUCUGCAGAGGGAAUUUUCACGAUGGCAGAUGAUACCGCAAAAGAUAGAAUCUGAGGAGCGACACAAAGAAGCGAAUGAGCAGGCCAUGCGCGAGGCCCGGGAAAGAAUCGUGGAGCUCGGAUUUGAAUGGGAUAAAGCAGUGGUGGAAAGAGCCAAGCUUGUUCUGCGGCACCAGGAGGCUCUUAGCCAAAUAGGAAAAGCUCAUACCGAUCUUAUCGAAGCCAAGAUACAACUUAUCGAAGCCAAGUCCGACAUUGAGGGCCUCAAAGCUCGCAACUCUGAUAUUAUGGAGAAGCUUGAACAAGAAAAGCUCGUGGUGCAGCAAGCUACCGAUGAAGCUACUCUAGCCCGAGAAUUAGGCCGCGGGCUAUCUGACAAGGUUCGAGAACUUAUCAGCGAGAAUCCUGACAAGAAGGAUACAUAUACCGCGUUGGCCGAAAAUAAACUGGCUGCGGAGAUAGAGAUGGAUAUAUCUGCCGAGCAGGCCAAUCUUGAGCUCAUCCAUGCAGCCAAUCCCAACGUCAUUCGAGAGUUUGAGAAGCGCGAGCAGGAAAUCGCCAAGCUGACGAAGAAGAUGGACGCUUCAAACGGCAAGCUUGCCACCAUCACUGAGCAGCUAGAUGAUCUGAUGGGCAAAUGGGAGCCCAAGCUAGAUGCUCUGGUGUCCAAAGUCAACGACGCUUUCGCCUACAACUUUGAGCAGAUUAGCUGUGCUGGUGAGGUUCGCGUUAACAAAACCGAAGAUUUUGACCAAUGGGCUUUGGACAUUAUGGUCAAAUUCCGAGAAAACGAAUCCCUCCAACAACUCAACGCCCAUCGCCAAUCCGGUGGCGAGCGCGCCGUCUCCACCAUUUUCUUCCUCAUGGCCCUCCAGUCCAUGGCCCAGUCCCCUUUUCGCGUCGUCGACGAGAUCAAUCAGGGCAUGGACCCCCGCAACGAGCGCAUGGUCCACGAGCGCAUGGUCGAAAUUGCCUGCCGCGAGCACACGAGUCAGUACUUCCUCAUCACGCCCAAGCUGCUUACGGGUCUGCGGUACGAUCCCAAGAUGAGGGUGCUUUGCAUCGCCAGUGGAGAGCACAUGCCCAAGGACGGGACCAAGCUCAGCUUUAGGCGGUGCCUGAAAAUUCAGAAGCGCAUCAUGGCGGCUGCGGCGUAA